AUGACUUUUGUUCUCCCCUGGCCGUUCAGUACCUCAUACCCCUCGUCUCCAGACCACAACACCAGCUCAGACGCUCAUUCUGAAGAUCCGAAACGCUCUUUGAAUGUUUUCUUGCCCCAUUACUCGACACCUGGAGUCUCGCCACCCUCUGCACGUAUAGAAUCUGGUCUGAAAAUACGGCAGAGACGACCCGUUCGCAUUUGGCACCUCUGGAAGUACGGCUUAUUUGCUGCCAUGAAAGCAACUGAGAUCACCCUUGAUCUUGUCUCGCAUCAGAUUUGGGGACCGCGCAAGAAAUCUUGGGGGUUGGAAAUGACAAUCAUCAAUAGCCUCAUGCGUGGAGCUGGUCGACAUAGCGCGCUCGUGGACAUUACGACCAUUAGAUUACUUAUGGGGCUCGGUGGAUUGAUACCCCUCCCUUCCGAUGCACUAGUGACACCAGUUUCAUUCCGUGUAAAACGACGGGGAUUACGCGGUAUACUGACCGACUUCGACCGCAUGGAGGAUGGCACACGACUUCUUUCGGGUGAAUGGGUUGUGGGAAGGAAAACCUGGCAAAAGCUCCAAGCUGAAUGGGAGGCUGGAAGGUCAGAGAAGGGAAAGUACUCUUCAAUAAGCGAACCACCGAAGAAACAAACGCGACAUGAGCGCGUCAUCCUUUACAUUCAUGGAGGCGCAUAUUAUGUGUCGAGCGCCGCUGCUCAGCGGAUAGUCUCUAUUCCGCUGUCCAAAUACACCGAUUGUCGCGUCUUCGCUGUCGAUUAUAGAUUAGCGCCCGAGACUUGCUUUCCCGGACCUUUACAUGACGUAGUCAGCGCAUACUUCCGCCUGGUGGAAGACCUACAUAUCCCCCCCGCAAAUGUCGUUCUAGCUGGCGACAGUGCUGGUGGUGGGCUUUGUUUGGCUCUUCUGAUGUAUUUGCGAGAUAACGACUAUGCUUUGCCCUCCGCCGCCAUUUUGAUGUCACCGUGGGUUGAUUUGACCAUGAGCUGCGAGUCUUGGGACUCCAAUGCUCCUUACGAUGUUGUACCCAUGCCCGCCCCAGAUGAUCACCUUAACCCGGUGGUACUUUAUCUCGGUGAGAAUAUGGAACACAUGACACAUCCGUAUGCAAGCCCUUUGUUUGGUGACUUCACAGGAUUGCCCCCACUCCUCAUACAAGGUGGAGACUCGGAGGUGUUGAGGGAUGAGAUCACCUUACUGGCACACAAGGCGACUUUGUCAGGAGUGGAGGUGCGACACGAGCUGUAUGAAGAUGCGAUUCACGCCUUCCAGCUAUAUCCCUUCUUGGAAGCUACUACCAGAUCCUUCACAUCAAUGCGCGACUUCCUGCGCCGCACUCUACCGCAAAUACAACGAUGCGUUCCCUGCGCUCUCGAUCACGAUGCCGUCGAAGGCCUCGAAAGGGAGAUUGAGAACGAAAAUGUCACUAUUGUUAGAGGAGAUGGGGUCGAAAUAGCAAGUGGUUUGAACGAAGUCAAGGAGAGUGUAGUGGCGGAAUCGACAGAGUCGUACAGCGACACAGAUGAGGACAUAGGAAAACGCCACGCACGUUACACUAGCUGGGUUCGUCAAUCCGGAUCAUCAUCGAUGGAUGUAUCAAGUAAUAGCGUUGACGAAGAGGAUAACAAACAAUCGAGUCCUCCCCGACAGCCAAUGCCGACACUCUCUUCGCCCUCAACGCGACGGAGACGCGCAGGCACAUUGCCCUCUAUGCCUAGCCUCAACAGAAUACGUUCAGCUGUGUCGGUUCUCAUGCAGGAUCCUUCUCCAUAUUCUCCAACAACUCCAAUUAGCUUGGGUCAUCGCAGAGGUGCACCAUCUAAGAUAUCCCUACCACCUUCUGAAUCGCCCAUGUCGUCGAUGAGAUCUAUAGCUCCUUCACCAUCUAUUCGCCGCUCCUCCAGAGCUACGAGCCACCAGAAUAUCACGGAUCUUGUCCAAGAAUGGACAAAUUCUGGGCCAGCCAAUCGGACAGUAGUGUAUUCACCUCGCUCAUGA